ACAAAUUCGAAGUAUGGCAGCGCUGUGAGCGCUCACUUUCGAUAAUCAUCAAAGUGUGUGUGUGAAGCAAAACGGAAUGGCGAAGUUGAACAAGUGAAGUUUUCGAGAAAUAUAAAAUUUGUGAAGAAAAUUAGAGUGCUCUAAAUGGAAAUAUGGAUUCACAGAGUAGUCAAUCGAGCAGCAAAUCGUCCACGCAACCCAUCGACAGAUUCAAAUUGCUGUACAUGAAUGUGAACGAAGAUGAAACUCCACUGCCAAGGAGCUGGAGUUCUCAAGACAAAUGCAACACGAUUGGAUUGACCCAAAAUAAUUUACGUGUUCAUUACAAAGGAAUAGGAAAAUCACACAAUGAUGCAGCUUCAGUGCGAACACCUCAUCCGAUUCCAGCCACAUGUGGCUUGUACUACUUUGAAGUCAAAAUAAUAUCAAAGGGACGCGAUGGAUAUAUGGGAAUUGGAUUGACAGCACAGAAUUUCAAAAUGAAUCGACUUCCAGGAUGGGACAAACAAUCUUAUGGUUAUCACGGUGAUGAUGGCAAUUCUUUCGCAUCGUCCGGAGCUGGGAAACCAUAUGGUCCUACAUUUACUACAGGCGACAUAAUUGGUUGUGGUGUAAAUUUGGUGGACAACACAUGCUUUUACACAAAGAAUGGUCACCAGUUGGGCAUUGCGUUCAGGGACUUGCCGGCCAAAUUGUAUCCUACAGUGGGUCUCCAGACACCGGGAGAGGUUGUGGAUGCAAACUUUGGACAGGAACCUUUUAAAUUUGACAUCGAAGAUAUGCACAAAGAGCUAAGAGCUGCCACAAAAGCUUCCAUCUACUCGUUCCCAUUGCCCGUAGAUCAGGGCGACUGGACAACUAUUUUGCAUGAAAUGGUGCAAUCUUAUCUUAUUCACCAUGGCUACAGUGCAACUGCUGAAGCUUUCGCUAAAGCCACGGGACAAUCCUGUAAAGAAGACAUGCAAUCCGUUAAAAAUCGACAGAAAAUUCUUAAGCUUAUCAUGUCAGGGAGAAUGGGUUUGGCAAUUGAACAAACGAUGCACUCGUACCCUGGGCUCUUGGACAACAACCAAAACCUGCUGUUUAUGUUGAAGUGCCGGCAAUUCAUUGAAAUGGUGAAUGGGUGUGAUUUCGAUGGAUCCUCUCUUUCCUCUUCUUCAUCAGCUUCAUCACGAACGAGUCCAGUACAGACAUCGGUGAUCCAGUCCACAAAGGCGUAUCAGAAUGGAGCGACGGUGUCUCUAGUGGGAGGUCCUCCCGGUUCUGCCCAAAGUAACGGCACCCUCAUCUCUGAUCAAAUUACCAUGAUUAUUGCAAUGAUGUCGAAAUGGAAAAUGGCCAUAUUGCCAAUGGUAAUAGUUUUUAAAAAUGGUACUUCAGACAAUAUAAACGAUUCAAUAGACGGGGAUGAAAAAAUGGAUGUUGACAGUGCUGUUAGCAAUAAUAAGUCCAGCAAAUCAGGUGUUGAAAGAAUGCUGGAGUUUGGCAGAGAGUUGUCUCAAAUGAGUCAGAGAUUGGAGAAGGAGAAUGGACCCAAUGAGGGAAAUCGAAAAAUGCUGGAGGACGCAUUUAGUUUACUAGCGUAUUCAAAUCCAUGGUCGAGUCCGCUCGGAUGGCAAUUGUGUCCGUCACGACGAGAAGCAGUCUGUUCCGCUCUCAACUCUGCCAUACUAGAAUCUAUGAAUUAUCCGUGGCAAUCACCACUGGCUGUCUGCGUGGCUCACGGAUACGAAUUGAGGAAUCUGAUGGCAAAAUCGUCUCUUGGGGCGUGUGCGUUUGUCGACGAUGUCAUUCGUUAUCACUGACCAAAACCCAAAAAGCACGAUCUCCGACAUAAUUUUUUCUAUUUUUAUGAACAUUUAAGUUAAAGAAAAAGAAAGAGCUAAUAAGGAAACACUCAUUACUAAAUACUAUAUAAUAAUUAUUGAGAUAGAGAUGAAGAGUAUCGAUAUAUGUAGCAAAAAAAAAAGCAUAAAAUAACAGAUAAAUCUAUGAUAAUAUAAAAGAAAACAACAGAAAAACAACUUAGAAACGGUAAAGAAAAUAUCCAAUAAUAUUUUUUUCUAAGUUGAAGCGAAUGAAUAUAUAUUGUCUUAUCAAAAUUUUUCUUUAAGAAAUAUUUAAAAUUUAAUUCUUGGUAUAAGGCAUCAAAAGGUUUUUACUAUUAUAUCAAAAUUGAAAUUGUAAUUUUAAUUCAUUAAUACGUUUGCGAUCUCUUAUCCCUUUAUAAAUUUUCUUUUCCGAAUUACCCAAUAAAAAAUCUUUCAGCUCAAAACUGAAACAUUACACUAUAGUGAUUCUUUGGAAGAAGAGGAUUAGAGAUGUGUAAUAAAUAAAAUGUUGCAGAAAAGUGUAGAUUGUCGUAGUGAAAGUUAUUGCGAUAAAAUUGAUAUUUCAAUGGAAGAGUAGAAAAGUUUGAAAAACAAAGUCUUGACAUUGUUCGUUCGCAAUCUUUUAUUGUGUUUUUAAAUAUACAAUUUUAAAACAGAAAAUAGUGUUUAACAUUUCAAAUGUAAAUAUUUUUAUCAGUUUUUGCAAUAUACACAAUAUAUAAAAAAAUCCUGUAUUUAUUUAUUCAUCUAUCAAAAAAUAUUUUCAAUGUAAAGGAAACGCAUCGGCUGCUGCUGGCCACAAAUGAUUUCUGUGUAAAUAUUAACAAAACUAAUUGAUUUCUAAACAACUUUCUAUGCUAUCUGAAAACAAUAUUAAUAUUUUUACAGACAUUAUAUCAUUUUAUAUUAAUAGGAAUAAAGAGAUUUGCUUCGCUAUUCAGGAUCAAAGAAAAAUUAAAUUUGUCAAUUGUUAUUAAUUUUUUCAGUAUAAAGCUAAAAAAAAAAAAAAAAAAUAGAAACCUAUUGCGAAUCUAAUGUGAAUUGCAUCUGGUUUUAUUGAGGAAUGAGAAAGUACUAAAUUACAAUGUUAUAAUGUUUUUGUCAAAUCGUAUGUGGCUGCAGUCCUUGAUUUCAAAAUUUCCCUUUUACGUUCUUUAGCUUCAGAGCUACAAGGCAAAAGUUAAUUUUGAAAGUUAUGUGAAAUUAUAUUUUUCUAGAAUUUCCUAAAUGAUUGUUCGCUUUUUCUCUUUACAUUUAACCUUUCAUCUCGAGUCAAGCCUCUUAUGGCAAAAAGGUAUAUUUUACUGCCAAAUGGUUUAAUAAUAAAUUGAAGAAAUGGGAUAAUGAAAACUCCUUUGGAAAUCUCAAAUUUUGUAUUACAAAAGAAAAGGAAAAACAUUGACCAGAAAAAAAACUUUGCCUCCAUAAGAAAUAAAAGUAAACUAACAGUAAAGAAAUAUCAGAAUCUAAAUUUGUAAAAUAAACAACAUCUUAUAUUUAAAACAUACAAAAUUGUAUCACAUUAAAAAUACAACAGUAAAUAUUAAUAACAAAAAAUAUGUAAUAGAAAUGAGAAAGAAAAACUUGCUAAAAUAUUAAUGAAAUUAUAAAAAAGAACAUAUUUUAGAUGAAGAAAUAGAAGAGAAAGAAAAGGUUUUACGUUAUUUUAUCAUAAGGUGCGAUAAUCGACGGUUUGUAGCUUGUAAAUGUAAUACACCUCGAUAAAAUUCAAUUAAGUACAUUAUAUAUUUACUAACUAUUAAAAUACAUAAAAAUUCUGAUAGACACAAGUAAGGAAAAACUGUAAUUAGACAAGAGGAAAAUCAUACGUGUUACAUAAAUCGCAGAAAAAAAAAAUGAAAAAAAAAUUAUUCAAAAAAAUAUUGAGGAAAUUAUUUAAAUGUGGUUUGAUACAAAUAAAAAAUUCAUUUAAAAUUCAAAA